AUGGACAAACCGGUAGGUUCUCCGAGUUUCCGCGAACAACAGGCUCAGCUUUAUCAGCUAUAUGCAUCAAAUUCUCUUUCCUUUUCUUCUCACCCAAUGGACGCUACUCCUACUACUACUACAACUACAACAAGUCCACUCUCAUCGCCAGCAUCAAAGCAACAACAGCAACAACAACAGCAGCCUAAACGCAAAUCCUCGAUUUCCGAAGACAAGUCGCAUGCCAAACAACGUAAAGAAAUGCAUGAAGUGUCAGCAACUCAAUGUGCCAAUUGUGGAACGACGACCACACCUUUAUGGCGACGAGCGCCUAAUGGCGAUACGAUUUGUAAUGCUUGUGGUUUAUACUUUAAAGCUCGCAACCAGUUUCGACCACCCACACUCAAACGCAACACACAUCAACGGCCCAAAGAGAUGGACAAAGGCAGCAGCAGCAGCAGCCUAGCAACCAUGAAUACGUUACAUGAUUGUGGGAGUGGACCCGAGAGUGGAACAUGUCCUGGUGGAGGGCAAUGUAAUGGCAGUGGAGGCAGUGAAUCCUGUGCUGGAUGUCCGGCAUUCAACCAACACCAAGUGAAUCGUCAAGCAUUGAUAUGUGCCAAUUGUCGAACAACGACCACGCCUCUAUGGCGACGAGAUGAAUCGGGGAACACCAUAUGCAAUGCGUGUGGACUCUAUUACAAGUUACAUGGAAUGCAUCGACCGGUUAGCAUGAAGCGUAGUGUGAUUAAACGGAGGAAACGGGUCGUUGUUGCCGAGACAUCUUCAUCAGCAUCGGCUUCACCACCAGAGGAAAAAUUGGAUGAAGUAUCAACAGAAGAUAAGCAACAUCAUCACCGCCAAGUCGUCGUACGAAAACAGCCAAAGAACAAAUCACCUACCAAGAACAACAACAAUCCAUCAUCAUCAGCAACAUCGCCACCGUUCAAACAUGAUGAAGUACCUCCCAUCGAAGAUUACAUUGUUCCCAAAAGACAAUCACCUGGCACAUCAACAUCAACAACAACACCAUUCAUGACAACUACCACAACAACAACAUCGUCACCAUCCGUAUCACCACCACCACCCUUAGUUGCUCCUCGACCAAGAUUACCACAACCCUCCAAUGGAAUCGAAUCGUUGCUACUUGCUGCCGAGGUGGAUGUGGAGACGACCACGAGUCAUAGCAACAGUAACAAUGGCAACAACACCACUCUUCUUCCGCCCAUUUCUCUACCGCCUCUUACCUCCUCCUCAUCAUUGUCCGAUUUUGACGACGCACUAGAUAGACUUGUUCGCUUACGUAGACAACCAUCAUCCCAGCAUACCUUACAACAAAUUGCUCCUCAAUUACGUGAUCUAGUACGUCGUGCCGAGGCUUCUUGUUUUCAACAUCCUCAUCAUCAUCAUCAUCAGCAGCAGCAUCAAGCUAGUACUCCAUUAUAA